ACCCUUGGCGGAAUUCCAGCAGUGAAUUCAUCAAACACAGAGUCGUUACCAUCACCGACAACUUCGUCACCGUCACGGAGUUCUGAACCAACGACUGUUGAUUCUGUUGCCCCUGUUGGUGUCCUUGGACCUUACCAAAAGAGCGGAAGUACAAUAGAAGCAAGUGCAUUUAGUGUAAGGACAAGUAGUGGCAGUGGUGUAGAUCGGCUGCACCCGUCGAUCAGUGUCCCGAUCGCCGCUGCCUUCAAUCCACUUCUGAAUCCAGCCUUGAUGGCCGCUCAAAUUGGUUUGCUCAGCACACCCAACACUCUUCUCUCUAUGAUGCAGGCAGCUGCUGCUCAAAAUUCGUUAAUGCAUCAGAACCGCUGCGGUGACAAAAAUGGUCAAAUGGUUCCAACGAUGCUACACCAGUUGUCAGCACUUCAUGGCAAUCAGGUCUCUCAUUCUAGCUCCACUUUCAUCGAGAAAAGUUUGAAUGAUAAUAUUACACACCUUUGGGACUUUUUUUUGCGCAUAAUGUAA